CACACGCACACACACACGGGGAAAGAGCGAGUGUAUUCAUAAAAGCAUUCGCCAUUCAUUGCCGUUCUACAUCAUAUCAGCAAUUGUGAUGUGGCUACAAAUAUACUUUUAAAAUGCCAAGAGCUCACGGUAAUAGUAGCCUACACGUUUUGUUGACUUGCACACCUGAUUAUGGAUCCAUGUGAGUAGAUGCACAUCAUUUGGUUUAAUGUAGUGUAGGUUCGCGUUGAAGGGCAUUGCUUACAAUUAAGAUGAGCUUCAGAAGUCAUAAAGCAGAAAAGAAUCUGAAAAAACUAUAAAGUAAAUUCAGGAUACGUUUGCUUUUCAUGUCAAAUUUCUCCAAGUUGUGAGCGCUCUAAGUGGAUUACUAAGGACUACACGGCUGACUACUUACAGUAUCGCAUAAAUAUCACUAUACAGGAUGCCCCCCUACUCUCUGCAAAUGUGAUCUCGAAACCAUGCUUUGAUUCAAUAUAGGAUUAUAAAAUAGCCACAUAUAUAAUUUAAUAGUGUAAAAUCGAAAUAUGGGGGGAAAUUACUCCGAAUAUUGGAUUUCCGUUGGAGGGCUGAUUUCCCAGUAGCCCACGCAAAUAGGAGUUUCAUCGAUCCGCGACGUUUCUCCUUUCCCGGCUCUCACUCUCGUCCCACGGCAGGGCGAUGAGGCUGACUGACAAUCGUCUCCCCAGAUGAUGAUAAGCUGCAGUUGAUUGAAGCAUCGUUCUCAGCUGCCGACAACCGGAUACCAAACAUGAAUGCUCCAUUUAUUGCUCUAACGGCCGCGCUUUUUGCUGCGAAUACUGGCUUGAGUUGCUCCAGUAGCGUGCCUUCAUUCAUCCUGCCGUUCACUGACUGCGUCCACAGCCGCGGGGAAGGCGGCUUCUACCAGGGAGCGAUAGACGUCACCGAGUCCGGCACCUGGUGCAUGAACUGGACACAAGUGGACGGCUUCAAGGAGCGCUACCCAGGAAAGGGAAUCGGAGAGCACAACCACUGUCGCAACCCGGACGGCAGGAUUCGACCCUGGUGCUUUUUCAGGAACCACAAAGGCAGAGUGGACUGGGGGUACUGCGAUUGCAAACAAGGCUCUGUGCGUCUCCAAGGAGGCCGCUCUAAGCUGGAUGGCAGGGUGGAAGUCUAUCUGGGAGGAGUGUGGGGGUCUGUCUGUAGCGAUGACUGGGGGGACGAAGACGCUGCAGUGGUUUGCAGACAGCUGGACAAGGGGAUCUCAGGUCGUGCACGUGAAGUUCCUCUGUUUCGGCCAAGCAUGGCCAAGCUCCAUUGGAGGGCAGUCCAUUGCCGGGGAGAGGAGCCAGACCUGCUCCAGUGUUCUAAGACUACUUGGAAUGGAGGGGAAUGUCCUCUGGCUGCAGCCAUCACUUGCAUACAGCAGCAAGCAGUAGUGGUGCUCCCUAUACGGCUGGUGGGAGGUCGAUCAGGAUCAGAGGGCACAGUGGAGGUCUUCCAUACUGGGCAGUGGGGUUCCAUAUGUGACGACCAAUGGGACGACAGUGAUGCAGAGGUGGUGUGUCGACAGUUGGGGCUGAGCGGUGUGGCAAGGGCAUGGGGCCAGGCACAUUUUGGCAAGGGUUCAGGCCAUGUGUGGCUGGACGAGGUGCGUUGUACAGGCAAUGAGCUCACUCUGGAGCAGUGUCCAAAAAGUGCCUGGGGGGAACACAACUGUCUGCACUCUGAAGCUGCAGGAGUGUCCUGUAACCCUCUUACAGAUGGUUCCGUUAGGCUGGUCGGGGGCACAAGCAGCUACGAGGGACGUUUAGAAAUAUUUUACCGUGGUCACUGGGGAACAGUGUGUGAUGAUGGCUGGACAGACUUUAACACACAAGUCGUGUGUCGACAACUUGGUUACAGAUUAGGUGAGACUCUCCUUUCCGAAGGACUAGACAUCACCCCAGUGCCACGCUUUGGGGUGGGCUCAGGACCCAUUCUUUUGGAUGACGUGAGCUGCACAGGGAAAGAACCGAGCAUACUGCUGUGCAACAGGAAGGAGUGGCUCCGUCAUGACUGCACACACCAUGAAGAUGUUAACAUCGCAUGCAUCCCUGAUCGCAUUGGAGAGAGUCUUCCAACGAGUGUGCUGGUAAGAAUCGUGGGAGGUGAGAGCCCGAGGGAAGGCAGAGUGGAGCUCUAUCUGUCUGGACAAUGGGGGACUGUGUGUGAUGACGGAUGGACCGAUCGGGAUGCCGAGGUGGUGUGCCGACAGUUAGGAUACAGUGGUGUGGCCAAGGCCCGUAUGAUGGCAUACUUCGGGGAAGGGACAGGGCCCAUCCACGUGGACAACGUGAAGUGCAGCGGCGAGGAGCGUUCGUUAGCAGAUUGCAUCAAACAAGCACCCGGCACACACAACUGUCGCCAUAGCGAGGACGCCGGGGUCAUCUGUGACUAUGGUGAAAUGCAACCCAGCUACAAAGAGGUCAAAGAUCCUGUCAACUCAAUUUGUGGUUUGCGGCUUGUACACACUCGCCAGCGCCGAAUCAUAGGAGGAGAAAACUCUCUGAGAGGUGGCUGGCCAUGGCAGGCUGCGGUUCGUUUGCGAGGAUCUCGAGGAGACGGGAGGUUGGUGUGUGGAGCGACUCUCAUUGACACCUGCUGGGUGCUCACCUCGGCCCACUGCUUCAAAAGGUAUGGAAACAGCACGAAGCAGUAUAAAGUUAGAGUGGGUGACUACCACACCCUCGUCCCUGAGGAAUAUGAAGAGGAGUACGGCGUCGAUCAGAUUGUCCUCCACCCACGCUACCACCCCCAUAGUAACGAUUACGACCUGGCCUUGGUUCGUCUGUCACCGGGGGCAGUGGGCCAGAUGCUGGGGGAGUGUGUGUCAUUCAGCCGUCAUGUUCUUCCCGCCUGUCUGCCCAUGAGGAAAGAGAAAGUGCUCAAACAAGCCAGCAACUGUCACAUUACCGGCUGGGGUGACACGGGUGAGGGCCGCUCAUACUCCAAGACCCUACAGCAGGCAGCCCUCUCCUUACUUCCCCGUCGUCACUGCCAGCAGCAGUUCCACAGUGCCUUCACAAGCCGUAUGCUAUGCGGAGGCAGCAUCCAGUCAGAGAGGCGUGUGGACAGUUGCCGUGGUGACAGUGGAGGUCCGCUGGUGUGUGAGCGACCGGGAGGGGGUUGGGUGGUUUAUGGGGUCACGUCUUGGGGUCAUGCCUGCAGGACACAGCAGUCUCCUGGCGUCUACACAAAAGUCUCUGCCUUCAGCUCCUGGAUACGCAAGGUGAUUGGACGUGAUGACAGAAAAGAGGAAAGCCGAUGAAAGGUGAUAGACAAGUUGAAACAAUUGACCUCUCGAACAGAAAGAAUGACACUCAAGACAUGUCAUUUAACUGGUAAUUUGACAACUGAUACAACAAUAGAUGUCAGUCAUGAUUAACUGAUAUCACGGUGUUAUGACCUGAUUAUCCAGUGAUGUAAGUUAUAACCUGAUUUCCAAAUGGAGAGCACAAAGCAACGCUGGACCUUUUUCCAAAUAUAAUUAUUUUAAAUAUUUUUUGGAGAGGAAGGCUUUUUUUGGUCUUUUCUCUAAUCCAAAUACGUUAGCACUUAUUUUAAUGAUUAUAUAUUCUCUUAAGCUGUUAAAUUCAACUCAAGAAUAUGGCAAAUGUGUAACUUAAAUGUAUUUUUUUUAAUGUCUGACAUUGCAUACUACACCAAAAAAUAGUUUUCAUGGUAAUGAUGUUUUCUGUGCUUGCUUUUUUCAUAAAGUUACAUUGUAAUUUAUGAUGGGAAAUAUGUAAAUAAAUAUGUAAAGGGACCACAGAAAAACAGUGUACAUGCAUGCGUGCACAGCAAGUUUUUGGCAUGAUAUCACCUUGCAGACCUGCACUAUGAACCCCUUUUUAGGUACUUAAUGCAUAAUAGUCGGUACUUUUGUGUUAAGCAUUCUAGUCAUAUUGACAUUUGCCGAACUGAAAUAUGUGUUUCACCUCAUUUCAUCACUUUUUAUGUAAUGUUUCUCCAUUGUGGUCAUUGUUUUACAUCAAGUCAGUAUUUAUACUUGUCUAAGUGCUGCUUGUUAUUUGCAGAGGAAGGGAGGGACUUAAGUGUCUCUGAAUCAAAGCACAUUACAGCGUUUCUCAGUGUUGAUUUGUCAUAUUGACACUGUUAAUUCAUGUAGUUAAGUUAAAAUUGCAGAUUUGACAACACUGAACGGAGACAAUCUGGUACACUUGAAAAAACUACACUGCCUUCUUUUUUUGUGUUUA